AUGACAUACUUACUUCACCCACCCCGGAGUUACGUCGUCUUCGCUACUAAUCACGGGACUAUAUCGCACUUCUUACGCCACAAGCACCGCUGGGCCAGAUUUUACACUGAGCUGACCACACUUCCCGAUUACAUCAGUACCUCGUGUAUCCGCGAACUAAACGACGGAACAGUUGGGAUAGAAGCGGAGGCCUUGGAUGGAGAGCAGAUGGCUGAGGAGAUCAAGCAGAUGGCUGAGGAGAUCAAGGGGCUGCUUAUGCGAGACGGCGACGUGGAACCAGAUUUACGAUUUGCUGGGCGACUAUUUGAGCCGGACGCCAUGUCAAAGGCCAGUGGGGACGAUCAUGUCUGGGGAUGGAGUGGAGACACGAUGGAUGGUGCUGAGUUCCCAUAUCUGCUGCGCGAGCAGAAUCCGGUGCUGGCCCUGUUGCAAGCGUUGCAGACAACACCACGAUGCAGCAUCCAUUUAGCUGCUACAGAGUAUGCGCCCUGGCUUGCAAGAAACAACAAUGUAUGCAAUAUGCAUGCAUGA